UAGAAUGCUUUGUUCGGCGCCGAGACCACCUGCCGCCAGCUCAGGGGCUGGGUGAUAAGACGCCAACAAGCGAGCUGAAACGCGACAGGCGGAAUGACGCUGUGCCACCUGCUUUGCUGGCGCGGCAGCGGCAGCGACCUUCCCGCGGCACCGCGUGUUCCUGGGAGUGUCGCCGAGCGCCCGAGUGGUCCCGCUGCCGUCGUCACCACUAAGGCCCCUGCUGGCCCCACCAACUCCUGGCAGGACAGGAGUAACCCUGUGCAUGAGGCCUCCCACGCCGAUAAGCAGGAUCAGGAGCUGCAGCAGACACAGACACAGGUUGCGGGGGAGCAGGAGGCGUGGGUGCCACGCCCGUCGGCGCUGCUAGGCGAGGCCUGGGGCGCAAGCGCGGGCCCGGGUGGUGCGGCGGGCCAGGGCCCCAGUGUCGUUGGACUGCAGCUGAGAGCGCUUAUUCGUGAGGUGGUGCUGGGCGAUUUCCUGGGGGCGGGCUACUCGGGCGGCAAGGUGUUUCGUGCAACGUGGCGUGGCAGCACCGUGGCGCUGAAACUCAUGGUUUCCUCCGACCUGGACCAGCUGCGCCUGACCACACGCGAGGCGCUGCUGUCGCGCACGCUGUCGCACCCGCACCUGGUGCAGACGUACGCGCUCAGCAUCUCGCAGCUCACGGCUGAGGACCUGGCGCCGGAGACGUACGCGCCGCCGCCCAGGGUGGCAGGCGCGGCGGGCGGGCGAGGCUAUGGCGGCGGCUGCGGGGGCGACAGCUUCGGCCCGGGAGCGGGCAUCAGCACAGCUGCAAAUGCGCUUCUGGCGACGUCACUGCUGCAGACCAUGUCACCCAUGCUGGCCAUGGCGGCUGAGGGCAGCGGGCGCGGCGGCGAGGUCGGCCCGGGCGCCAUAAUGACUGUUGGAGGCGGCCGCGCGGACGCCAUCGCUGACCUGGACGAGCUGCCGUUCGGCGAGCCGCCCGCGCGACUGCAAUGGGGUGCGGGCACCAUGGCUAGCAGCGGCUCCCGACGUCGCGUCCCCAGUGGCCUCGGCCUGCACCAGCAGCAGCUCACGCCGCCGCAGAACCCGCUGCUGCUGGCGGCGCUGCGCGCGGGCGGCGGCAGCGGUGGCGGCGGCGGCGGCAGCAAUGGCGGUGGCUUUGCGCGUGUGAGUGUCAGCAACGCGCUCACCGGCAUUCCCGAACCGCUGGAGGGGGAGGCCGCGUCCGGCGACUGCCCGGGCGAUGAAGCCAGCGUAUCUGCCGCGGGGCAGGGCGGCUGCGAGGGCGGCCGCACCGCGGCUGCAGGGGUGACUGCGCCGCAGGAAGGCGGCGGCGGGACCAUAAGCCUGGUCGGCACGCCGACAGGGGAGUCCGCGGCUGUGCCAGCAUCAGGGCCGGGGGGAUGGGCUGCCUACAACAGCCGCCGAAGCAGCAGCCACAUCUGUGGCAGCAACCACAGUCGCAGCCGUAGCAGCCUCACCUCCACCCCGCGCGGCCAGCAGGUGCUGUCAGCGGCGGUGGCGCGUGUGGUCAGCGAGUCGCCGUCGGCAGGGCCCGCCAACCGCCGAAUGUCCACGUCAGCUCUGGGGGCGGCGACAGCGACGCAGGGCCGAGUUGCCGGCUGCAGCGACAAUGGUGAGUACAGCGGCGCAGGCGCGGCCCUCGCGGCGGCGUCCGGCCCGGGUGGCGCCAGUUACAGCAGCACCCGGCGGAUGCGAGGCCCCCGCCGGGUGCCCAGCCUAGGGGCGCCAUUGACCUCUGCCUCCAGUGCGCCGGCGCCUACGUUGGCGGAGGCGGGGCCGCAAUCGGUCCCCGCGGGAGCAGGCAUCUUCCCAUCUGCCUUCUCCACAGUCGCUGCCGGCCCUGGCCGCUGCUCUGACCUGCGUGGCAGCGGCAGCUUUCUGAACGCGACAUCCUCGUCGGCCAUGACGCCGGCGCCGGCAGCUGUGGCUCUCAGCAGCCGGGCUGGGAGCGGCGGCCUGCCGCAUCGGCACGGCAGUGGUGGCCGCUGCGCGUCGCUCUCACGCCUGAGCCAGCCAAGCGCUCCCGCAGCUAGCACAAACGGUGUCAGGGUCAGUCACUUGAUGGGCGCAGCCAACGGCGUAAGCUUUCGGCACCGAGGCAGCGGCAACCUCCGUACGGUGCUGGAGCGUGCGGCUUCGCAACGGGCGUUUCGAGGUGCCGAUGUGGGCGCCAGCAGUGGACGCGAUGGCACCACUGCGCCUGACAACUCGCCGUUGACCUGCAUCGUUGCAGCCAGCAAUGCGCCAGUGGCGCCGUCACCAAUGCUCGUGACCGCUGACUUGCAGAGCACCUGCCUGUCUGUCGAGCCGCCGUCUCGUCAGGACGCAGCGCUGAGAUGCGCUGCGGGCGUUGACGUCGACAAGAGCGCCGCCACCAACCCCGGCGCUGCUGGGUCCGCGGAGCUUCUCACUUCUGUAGGGGACGCUGAGGUGAUUGCCGCCGGCACAGAUGUGCCCAACACCGGCACCGGCGCGGGCCAUCACGCCGCAGGUGGUGCCAUCUGCACGCCAUCGGCGCACCAGCCGCUGCUGCACUCCACUGCCACGAUCACAAGCACCACAGAUGACGAGCUCUUCCCUCUGACGCUGCGCGAGUUAGCCGCGGACAACCUGCCGGCGGCGGUUGUGUCAGGCAGUGGCAGGGUGUGCGCCAGCGCCUGCAGCGGCAGCACCUGCGGCGGCACCCUGGUGGACGCGGCGUUGGAGCCACCCAGACGCCAGCGGCGCAGCGGCGCCGGCGCCGGUACCGGUGGCGUCGGUGCCGCCGGGCUGGCGUCGGCACGGCCACCGCGGUCACAUUCGUCGCCUGACGGUAGACACGUCGGCGCCGGCGCAGGCUCAGACUUGCGGGGCGAAGAGCUGUGCCCGACGGCUGUGACUUCAUUCACUGCUGAGGCAGCCACGGGGGCACAGGACGCACGGCAGCACCAGCUAGACCCAAGCCCGGCAGCCCUGAAGUCUGGAAAGCAGGAUCCAGAUCUCGGUGGGGGCAUUGCGAGGGAUGGCGGCGUGGAGCUGGCGGUACCGGGCAACGAGGUGAACCGUCUUCAGGCCAGGAGCGAGCCUGUUGCAGGCGUCAGUCUUUUGUCCCGGAAGCUAGCCGACUUUGCGACCUCCGCCUCCCCGCCCUCAUCCCCAUCCCGGUCGCUGCCGCCGCCGCACCCGCCGCCGCCGGCCUCCGCGCCGGCCUGCUCCCAGCGGCACCCCGAGGUUAGCGGCGGCAGUGUCGGAGCGGGCGCCGGCUCCGGCACCGCACCCGGCGCCGGCGGGCUACACGUGCUGCACUGGCAACAGCCGUUGGUGACACCGUUCUACAAGCGACCCUCGAUGCCGCAACACCACGGGAGCCUGUCUCGUGGGGGCACGCAGGAUUCGGCGCUGCUUAACUCGCACGCCCACAACCACAACAUGCACAAUAACAUGGCGUCGGGUUGGCCGCCUCUGACGGGCCUUGGCGGCGGCGGCAUGCCCAGUCUGCCGACGGGCGGCGGCCUCGGUCAUGGCACGGCGUCGCAGGUGCUGAUGGACAUUGAUGCUGCGGCGGCGCCAGGUGGUGGUGGCGGCGGAAUGGGCGGCGGCGGCGGCGGCGUGGCUGGACCCAACAGCAGCAUGGUCCUUUUCUCCGAGACGCGUAUUUUCCUGUCGCCACAGCUCCCACCACUGCCACCGCCCCAGGCUGACCCCGAGAUUGUUCGCUUCUUGACGGAGCUGGUUCACCUCGGUGCGGCGCCGGGGCGCUACCUGACGGCGGUGAUCAUGGAGCUGUGCGACCGCGGCACGAUGCUGGCGUACAUCAACAACCAGCAGGCUGCCAAGGUGGCGCGGCAGGAAAGGCUGUCGCAGCAGCAACAGGUGCAGGGAAGCAGCGGCAAGGCGGCCGGCGCAAACCCCUCAGGGCUGUGUGCCUCGAGCCCCUUCACGCAGCCGCUGCAGCAGGCCUCUACAAGCGUGACCGCGGCGGAGGCGGAGGCGCUGGUGGUUUUGCGGCGGGGCAUGCUGUUGCCACCUCCUUCCAACUCAGCGGUCUCGGUCGAUCCGCUACCUGCACAGCAGGAGGAGCCGGGACCAAACUCAGGGGGCUCCGCCACUGGCGCCGACGAUUCUGCGGUACGCAUACCGACCGCCCUGUCGGCUGCCUCUGGCGUGACGUCGCCCGGGCCGGCCCGGUCGCCAGGACCAGGGGGCGGCUCCGCGCAAUUACAGAAGCUGCGGCGCCAGGGCGCAGCCGGGUCGGGCGGGGGCAUGAGCGUGGAGGGUUUGGAGCAGCUUCAGAACGCGCUAGAGGUGGCCCAGGCGCUCGCGCACCUGCACACACUGGACUUGGUACACGGUGACCUCAAGCCAGCCAACGUGCUGCUGCGCGCCUCAGCGCCGCUAGCGCUGGGCGGCGGCGCCUGGGGCCCGGGCGACCUGGGCCUCGCCUUUGGCUUGGGCACCGCCACCAUUGUCAGCGACGUUGCAGACGGCUCGGGCGGCUCGAAUGCGCUGCCGCCGCUGCCGGCGCGCGGCUAUAUCGUCAAGGUGGCGGAUUUCGGGCUCACAAGCCCCGUCGCCUCCGCCGACGGCCUGCCCAAGUCCACAAACGGCAGCGGCUGGGGCGCGCUGCCGUACCUAGCUCCAGAGGUGGUGACCGCCGGCCGGCACGGCAAGCCCGCCGACGUGUACAGCUACGGCGCCCUGCUGUGGCACAUGUGCUCGGGCGUGCCGCCGCACUCGCAGCUGCACCCCGCCCAGAUCCUGGUGGGGCUGGCGGGCGGGGAGCUGCAGCUGGAGUGGCCGGCAGACGCGGAGCCCACGCUGCGCAAGAUCGGCGCCGCCUGCCUGCAGCACGACCCCGCGGCGCGGCCGUCGUUCGAGGCGAUUGUUGCUGCGCUGCUGAAAGCUGUCAAGCGGACCACAGCGCGGCUGCUGCGAGCGAGCGCCCCCAGCAGCACCGUGGCAGCGGGUGCAAUCGGCAGCGGCAGCGGUGGCGGCGCUGACGUGCGCCGCAGCACAGCCAACGCGCCGCCGCGGCCCGCGCAGAUGCCCAUGCCACUGCUAGGCGGCUUGGCGCAGAUGCGGCGGCAGCUGUAGAAGGCGGACGCCGACUGUCCAGAGCGCUCGGACAGCAGCCCCACACGCGCUCGGAUGGUGUCCGUGGUCCCCUACGUGUGUGUGUGGGGGUUCUGGGCGCUGGCGGUGAGGACGCAGUGGGCACCGGGCCCAUCAUGUCAGCACUUGAUUGCGACUCCGAGCUGACAUGAACUGGCCAGUCGUGCUUAUCGUAUUCGCCGCGUCGUGAGGGACCCAUCCAGAACGGAUACGAAUCCGCCCCGGUGUUGGCACGCACUACCGUUCGCGUCAUUCAAUCGAGGCUGGGAACAUGCUUUAGCAUUCACCUGUAGCGCAACAGAUGCCUCCCUUGUCUGGGUCUCUGGUGCCAGCGAAUGAGGCUGCACAGAUUGCUAUGGGCUCAUCCCGCCGUCGCACAGCCUUGAGUGCCCCUCGUACUGGGGCCGUGUUAAAGCGUGGAACUGAGCCUGAGCCAUUCAUCUACAUAUGCAUGUUGCUCCCGCUGCGUUUUUCUGUGACCCUUUUAUUCUGUAUGUACAUCAUGUACAUCGAAGCCACGUGGAGUUGUGUUGCUGUUGUUUGCCCCGGGGAUUCUGAUGGGGAGACGCUUGCGGUGACAUGGAAGCAAAAGUUGUUUUCUUUGGCUGGAGAGGUUGCACCAGUUGGGGCGAUUACUUUUGCCACUUCAGGCGGAACUGAUGGUACUAAAUGCAAGAUAUCUUGCCGAAACGUGGCGAAUCCGGUGCUGCGAGCAAACGGCAGAUGCGCUACGACAGCUGUGACUGAGGUGCUUCGCUUUGACGCUCCGAGGUCUGGUGGCUACUCUUUGUUAGUAGUGCAAGUGCCGGUAUGUGUUGGGGGUGCCCAGACGGUAUGCAGAUAGUCACCGCGUCGCGGUUCAAGCCGUCUGGCGUGUGUCAUGAUUACAAUGCAUGGGGGCAGGAUGGUGGUGGCGAAGAGCCCGGGUAAGGACGAUAUGGCCAGAAUUGGUGCGAAACUAUUCGCCUUGCAGCUGCAUCACUAGCACCAUGAGGGAGGUGUACGCGACGCGCUGCGUUGGCGAGAGGGCUUGUGGGAGGUCCCUGUAACGGCGCUUGGCAGAAUGGUUAGUGCGUUGGUGGCGGUGGGGCGGCCUACCUGGAUGCGCCAGGAUCGGGAGUGCGAGGGGCCCCAGAGCAGGGCGGCUUUGCAGGAUAGCAAGGCGGCACCCCGCCGUCUAUGGUAUAGCAAGUAGCGUGUCUGUGCUACUCAUUUCCACGAACGGCACCGUACGCCGAAGAACACAUACGUGUAGCAAUAAUUGUUUUUAGCAAACAUGCACUCGAACACUGCCGCGGUUACCAAUAGCAUUCUUGAGAGUGGGGCUGCGUUUGCGGCCGAAGAGAUGGCCUGAAAUCUGUGGGGUUAUACUCAUGAGUCCGGCAUUGGGUGAUAUCGUUGUGGACGGUGGGGAGGACGGGCAGCUUUGCGCGCCUUGUUGGGCAGGCGGCGCGCCAAUGCCGGCAUGGCUGGCUGUGCUGAGCAGUCACAUGCAGCAAAGCUGGGGCCGGAGGAAAUGGUAGAAGUUGCGGGUGCUGAUGCGUGUCUCUGUGUAUGUACGCAGAGUCGGAGAUCGACCGUGAGAAGCAGGGGAGUUGGAAUUAGUACCUUGGCGGCUGAUGGCAGGUGUGGUCUGCCGAGCGCACUGGGCGGCACCCAAAUGGUGCCGCAGUGGACGGCACAAAUGAUUGAUGACUGUGUGCGUUGCUCUGUUGUACGGCGGGGAGCUUGACCGACAGCCGCUGUCUGAGGACUGCAAGCGGUCCCGCUAUUGGCCGCUAUUUGCGUGGAAGCAUGCAGGCUGGCCGCCGUAUCACUGCGCGAUUCACGCUGGCGACAUUUGCUGAGUGGUUAGGAAUGUAGUUGCUAUCCUGAGGCCGUGACAGCUGUACCAGGUGCAGGGCACGCCACAUUGUCUAUGAUAAGUAGGGGGAAUGCCUGUAUUGCACACAACGCACAAGGCGUCCAACAGCAUUCACACACACGACCGCAGCCAGCGGUAUGUAUCUGUAUUCUGAAUAUCCUCUGACUCUGACAGAAUCGUCGCUGGGUGCUUGCAGAUGAUGCUAGUGCCCUUGUAAUCUGUGGUAACC